UCUUCGCGGCUGCUGGGACUAGCGCUGCCGCGUUCGUCCCUGAGACAGAACCGCUGCCACCGUCGCCGCCUCUGACUGUGCUGAGCCGGGUCCCACCGCCGCCACCAUGCCCCGGGGGAGCCGCAGCGCGGGUGCCCGGACAGCCAGCCGCACCGCCGCGCCCACUGCCCACCCGCCCGCGCACCCGCCGCCCUCGGCCGCUGCCACGGCCCCCGCGGCGUCGGGCCAGCCGGGUCUGAUGGCGCAGAUGGCGUCCACGGCCGCCGGAGUAGCAGUGGGCUCAGCUGUGGGACACGUCGUCGGCAGCGCCCUGACCGGAGCCUUCAGCGGGGGCAGCUCAGAGCCCGCCCAGCCUGCAGCUCAGCAGGCCCCAGCUCGCACUGCCCCCCAGCCCCUGCAGAUGGGACCCUGUGCCUACGAGAUCAGGCAGUUCCUGGACUGCUCCACCACUCAGAGUGACCUGUCCCUGUGUGAGGGCUUCAGCGAGGCCCUGAAGCAGUGCAAGUACAACCACGGUCUGAGCUCCCUGCCCUGAAGAGACCAGUGCAGACUGGUGCAGAUCCGCGGGUAACCCUGCGCCACCUCCACCCUUUCACCGACAGCCAGACCACUGCGUCAGAUUGUACCCAUGUAGCUGGGACUGGGGGUGCAGAGGGGGUUUCUCACCCCACCAAUGA